AAGCGUCAGCACAAAGAUUGGUCGCCAUGGGCGAUCCGGGCCUGGAUUUGUACGGCGACCUGAAGGAGGAAGGGAAGCCAUCCCCUCCGACGCCUCCUUGGCGCAAGGGCCCUACGAAUCAGCCAUCGGGAGUGGAAGCACUGCUGGAGCCAGCGGCUGAGCGCCGGGGCCGAAGAUUUCCGGGAGCUCGAGGAUGAGAACGUCCCGGCGCCCGGCACCGCGGACAUGGAUUGGCUGCAGCCAGACGAUGACGAGGCGGUGGAGGAGGAGGUUGAGGCUCCGUCCAAGAGACCGCGUUUGCAGGCGGGUGAUGAUGACGAUGCCUUCGACUUCGAAGCAGACCUGCAGAAGGUUGCGGAGCCAAAGGAAUCGAAAGGCAGCGGCAUGCUGAGUGACCACGGCGUUAGCUGCACGCAGCUCGUGGUGGCGGAGCCGCCGCCGCAGACGCUUGCAACGCCUUCUCCGGCGCCGAAACAGAGCGCCACAAGGUACAUCUACAAUGGCCGCAUGAAGCGCUGGGAGCUUCGAACCGCCAAGCCCCAAAAGGAGGAUGCAAAACGUGUCCAGGGCCCUCGGCGAAAAGUGAGGCUUUGCCGCUUUUAUGCCACCGGUGGCUGCCGCUGGGGCAACAGCUGCUACUAUGCCCACAGUGAGGAGGAGCUUGCUCUGGAGGACGCUGCCUACCAGCAGCAGGUAAUCGCAGAGUGUGCCUACAAAGCCUGGGAGGACGCACUUCAAGGCCUGUGCAGCUAUGCACAGUCCUUGUCUGUGCGCCUGGCCCUCCGCUUUGAGGCGCAGCCAAAUCAACUACUGCCGACCAUGGAGAAAGCGGGCCUGCCGAUCGCCGGCGAGGGCGCGCGAGCUGCAGUGAAGAUGCUCCUGAGGCUAUGCCAUCCCGACAAGUGCGGCCAUCCCGAGGCACGUGGUGAGGUUUGUCAGGCAAUUUCUCCUGGGAAUUCAUCAUGCGUUCAUGUGCCUUCCGUUUGCAACCCUUUGGGCAAAGAUUGUCAGGGGAAGGAUUGUCAGCAAAGCCUUGGUAAAAAAUAUUAGGCUGUCAGCGUGCCGGAGGGCAACCUGCUUGGGG